AUGGGGUCUUUGGAGGCUUUAAUUUCCCUUAACUUUACAGAUGAAGAUAUAGACCCUCCUAGCGCCUCCUUAGGCCUCCUAGAGACCUCAACAUAUCAAAACAGAGAAGCAGCAACAGCAGCAGAUGAUUUGACGGGGGCCCCCUGGGGGCCCCCAGGGGGGCCCCCUGCUUGGGCUGUGAGUGCUGAAAGAAUAUCUCCAAAGACACAGCUGGAUUUUCCUGUGCCGAAGAAUAAGAUCAGGAAUAGCCCUGCAGCAGCAGCAACAGCAACAACAGCAGGAGCAGCAGCAGCAGGAGUUGAAGCAGCAAAAGCAACAGAAGAAGAAGCAGCAGCAGCAGCAGAUGCCGCAACAGCAGGGAAGAAGUCCGAGGAGCAGCAGAAGCGGGGAGGAUCUGCUUCAGCUGCAGCAACACCAGCAGCAGCAGCAACUCCAGCAGCAGCAACAGCAGCAGCAGCAGCAGCAGCAGCAACAACAGCAAUAGGACCUGAUGGGGUACCCGUGCUGAAGUAUGGGGCCUUAUUUCAGUUUGUAGAUACAACAAAAGAUGUGUGGGAGGCGGUGCGUGUUGCAGCAAAGCCGCAGGUUAAGAACGAAGAUGCAGCAGCAGCAGCAGCAGCAGCAAACAGCAAACUCAGCAGCAACUUAGCACUGCUGCAGUCGCUGCCGAAGCCACAGGGGUCGUCAGCCUCAGGCUGUCUGGGGCUUUUGGGCUCUGCUUCUUCUGCUGCUGUUGCUACUGCUUCGGAUGCAGCAGCAGCAGCAGCAGAACCAGAAGCAGCAACAGCCUCUCCUGCCACAGAAGCAGCAGCAGGAGAUGCGGCGCUGCAGAUGAUGCCCCGUGUGCUGCAGAAGAAGCAGCAGCAAAUCAAAAAAGAACAAACGAACACGACAGCAGCCGCAAAACCUGAGGACCCAGCUGCUGCAGCAGCAGCAGCAGCAGCUGCUGCUGCUGAUGAUGAUGAUGAUGAUGCUGAUGGUGCAGCAGCAGGGGGCCCAGCAGCAGCAGCAGCAAACGAGGGGUUCUUGACUUCGAUGUUUACUCUCUAUGACUCAGACCAGGAAGAUGCACCAGCAGCAGAAACUAGCAGCAGCAGCAGCAGCAGCAGCAGCAGCAGCAGCAGUGGAGAUGUGCAAGAGAGUAAGACGGAGCCCGCGCCUACAGAAGCGCCUUCAGCAGCAGCAGCAGCAGCAGCAGCAGACUAUGGAGCAGCAGAAGCAGCAGACUAUGGAACAGCAGCAAAUGAAGCAGCAGCAGCAGCAGCAACAGCAGCAGGAGCAGCUUGGACGUUGAAAGAAGAGGAGGCUGCGAUAGAGGAACUAGGAAUCGAGAAAACCAUCAUAUCAGGCAUCUCACAAGCUGAGCUGCGGGAUUUGCGCCGCAUGGGUGCGACUUCUGUUAGUGGGGCUACGCUGCAGAACCCUGACUGGCAGUUAACAUCGCAAACAGGGCCUCAAAAGAAGGGCAAGCUGCGUCUGGCUACAAAGGUUUGGAACGCAAAAGAAGGGGUUGUGACGGAGACCCUCGAACCCAAAGUUAUGCAAAAAAGAAAACACCAGAUAAACUGGCUGGCUGCGGAAGCGCACGACAAGGAACUCGAAAUGUUAGAGAUGACAGCGAGGACGAGACAAUCAAAAUAUCAAACAGCUAUGAAAUAUGGGUGGUGA